CAAUCUGUCUUAUCACCCCAUUUAACUUUUAAGCGGGAAAUUUCCCCCCUAAGGGAUUACAACUGUUGGACACUUAUGUCUUCUUUAUUAAGGGAUGGGAUUGGCUUUUUCAUACAAUAAACAACUACAAAUAUAAAAGUCAAAUAUCAUUGACAUUAUAACCAUGAUGAACCAGAGGCAACUCGACUCAGUUCGACCCACAAAGGUUUCUCCGGCUGUAUCAACGUCGGCGGAAUUUCACAUUCCGGCACCAUUGCUUGCAAAAAUUGUUAGCUACGUAGCUAGAGAUGGCGUCGAUGCUUUGAAGAACUGGGUGAAAGCGGGUCCGGAAGGAAAAGCGGCUGUAUACUCGAAGGAAACUCUUAGUUGUGUCAGGCUUGACAGAUCUAAGUAUUUCAUGUGGUGGUCGAUGCCCCACUCCAUUUACUAUCCAUUCUUCAAAAAAUGUCUUGAAGAAGAUAAUCCAUUUGCUGUGACUGCUAUCCUGCAUAAAAGUUUAGCAUAUGGAAAUCUGGUGGAAGAAUGUUAUAGGCCAGGGUUAUGGGCGGAGCCUUUUGGUGAGGACGGCGGAUGGGUAAGGAUUGACGGACCGUACUGGAUCAACCCUCGCUGGAUACAGGGGAUUGGAAGACCUAGGUGCACCCACUGCAAAAGAGCAUCGCACAAUGGCAACAGUUGCCCUACUAUGUAGAGAGAUAAUGAUUGAAUCGUAGUAUUUAAAUAUGGAUAGGCUAUCUUGUUUUGAAUGUAAGAAUUUGGUAAUAGAUAUUAGCCUUUUGGGGUAUAAUUGAUGACCAUGUUUGGCUGUCCAAAAUUUAAUAAUUGAUUGAGAUGAAAAUGGUGAUAGAUUAUUAUUUUGGUUCAAUGCUAUGUUUAUCUACAUUUAUCUAAAUAUCCAAUAUAAAAGUACGUUCUGGUUGGUUAAGAUUGG